AGUCUCCGGAGGAGCAGGGAACGGACGGGGAACGGGACCAACUCACACCAAAGUCGUCCUGCUGGGGCUUUCUACCGCCACGGACCGCAGGAGCCGAGGAGCCGAGCCCCGAGGAACCCCCGGGAGAACCGCGGAGGAGCAGGCCGGCCGGGAGCAGCCGUCGGCGGGGACCGGAGUCCCGGAACCCCGCGCUUCUUUUGUCUGGGCGGGCGGAGCUCCGGGUGUGUUGUGGUCGUGGAGCUGAGAACCGGACCGAUGGUUCGCUGAGUUCGUCCUUCAACCCGGACACCCACACCCUCUCUGGAUCUAAACUUUGUAGCCCGGAUCUCUUCACCUUCACCCCCCCGAGCUCGUGAUCGGGGAAGUUUCUGCUGCGGAUUGUUUACAUUUUCCCGUGACGUCAACAUCCGAUUCUGUUCCGGUUCGGUUCUUGGGGAACAGUUCCCACAACCCCCCCCCCCCCCUGUUGAGUGGGGAGUGACACCCGAACCCCUGCUCUCUCGGAUUAAUCCCAGCCCCCCCCUCUCAGAGCUGCGGUAAUUGGAGCUAUUUGUGGAGAGAGGGAUGGGGUAAAAGCGGCAGCUGGAAACCGGACCCCCCCCACCCAUUCCUCCCCCUGGGCCCAGCUGGCAGCAUGCUGCGUGAACCCGGGUAGCCCGGACCGCCCUCACCCCCCAGGCCCAGCUGGAUCCCACCUGACCCGAGCCGAGCAGCUGACCAUGUAGCCCCCACCCCCCUGGACUCCGGUUCUGGACCACCGUACGGAUACAUGGUCACAUGACUCACACCUUUAUCCAUUUGGGACAUUUCACUGACACUGUCAUCACAGCGGACGCUUAGAUUAGAUUAGAGAGCUGUGUCAGACACCAGCGGCCCCCCCAGCCCACACACAGAAUGCAUGAAACUGCCAAAUCCAACACAAAACUAACCUGAAAAACCAAAUAUUGUAUCUCCCUUCAGCCCCCCGUCCCCGCCCCCCUCUAGCGUUCAGAGUCUAUAUGUAGAGAGAGGUCUAUAUCUAUACUGUAACUCACACAGAGAUUAUAUUUUUACUUCAGACAAACGCUGCCUGAACACCAGUUGGUUGCCUUAGAAACCGUCACAGAGGAAGAAGGGAGGAACGGAAAACAAAGUCAGAGAAGAAGAAGGUGCCUUUUGAUUGGUCGGUCAAGUUUCCCACCAUUUCAAGCUACGUUUGUUUAGCUGGAUGUAAACGUUUGACCUGAACUCUGGGAUUGAAAACACCCUUUUGACAGAUACUGGUCUACUUCACUCCUCCAACACACGCACACACAUUUCCCCGCUGGAGCGAACAGUUUACGAGCGUUUCCAUGGUUGUCACGUCAUCAUCCGUGGACGAGAAGCCGGCCCCCCCCUGCAGGAUGGUCCAGUCAGAGCCGUGGAUCGCCUCAGCCCUGCUUCGUAAAAACAAGAGUGCAAGCAGCUCAGGAUGUCCGCCCACCUCCUCCUCCUCCUCCUCCUCCUCCUCCUCCUCCUCCACUGCCCAGGGCUUCUCCCUCGCUGAGCCAGCCAUGACCAGCCAGCACACUCAUACACACCCCUCCUUCAGCUCCAUCCACUCCAUGGCCGAGCAGCAGCAGGUGCUGUCUGACAUGACCAUACUUCAGCGGAGGAUCCCCCCCAGUUUCAGAGACCCUGCCAGCGCUCCCCUGAGGAAACUCUCAGUCGACCUCAUCAAAACUUACAAGCACAUCAAUGAGGUGUACUACACGAAGAAGAAGCGGCGGGCCCAGCAGGUCCCUCCUGAGGACAGCAGCACCAAGAAGGAGAGAAAAGUUUACAAUGACGGUUACGACGACGACAACUACGACUACAUUGUCAAAAACGGAGAAAAGUGGCUGGACCGCUACGAGAUAGACUCUCUGAUCGGGAAGGGCUCUUUCGGACAGGUGGUGAAGGCCUACGACCACCAUGAGCAGGAGUGGGUGGCCAUCAAGAUCAUCAAGAACAAAAAGGCUUUUUUAAACCAGGCUCAGAUUGAACUACGCCUGCUGGAGCUCAUGAACAAGCACGACACUGAGAUGAAAUAUUACAUAGUCCACCUGAAGCGUCACUUUAUGUUUAGGAACCAUCUCUGUUUGGUCUUUGAGCUGUUGAGCUACAACCUGUAUGACCUGCUGAGGAACACCAACUUCAGAGGGGUUUCCCUCAACCUCACCAGGAAAUUUGCACAGCAGCUCUGUACAGCGUUAUUAUUCCUGGCCACACCAGAGCUGUCAAUCAUCCACUGCGACCUGAAACCAGAGAACAUCCUGCUGUGUAAUCCCAAAAGGUCUGCCAUUAAAAUAGUGGACUUUGGAUCAUCCUGCCAGCUCGGUCAGAGGAUCUAUCAGUACAUCCAGAGCAGGUUUUACCGCUCUCCUGAGGUCCUGCUGGGGAUGCCGUACGACCUGGCCAUCGACAUGUGGUCUCUGGGAUGCAUCCUGGUGGAGAUGCACACGGGAGAACCUCUCUUCAGCGGCUCCAACGAGGUGGACCAGAUGAACAAGAUUGUGGAGGUUCUGGGGGUCCCACCCGGCCACAUGCUGGACACAGCCCCGAAAGCCCGGAAGUAUUUUGACAAAAUGUCAGAUGGUUUGUGGACGGUGAAGAAGAACAAGGAUGUCAAGAAGGAGUACAAGCCUCCGGCCACUCGACGCCUUCACGAGAUCCUGGGUGUGGAGACGGGAGGCCCCGGGGGCCGGAGGGCAGGAGAGCCAGGACACGCCCCCUGUGACUACCUGAAGUUCAAAGACCUGAUCCUGCGCAUGCUGGACUACGACCCCAAAAGCCGAAUCACGCCAUUCUACGCCCUGCAGCACAAUUUCUUCAAGAAGACGACAGAUGAAGGAACCAACACCAGUUCAUCCACAUCCACCUCUCCUGCCAUGGACCACUCCCACUCCACCUCCACCACCAGCUCUGUCUCCAGCUCUGGUGGCUCCAGUGGUUCUUCCAACGACAACCGUAACUACCGUUACAGUAACCGCUACUACAACUCUGCUGUUACCCUGUCAGACUACGAGAUGACCAGUCCUCAGGCUCCCUCCCAGCAGCAGAUGAGGAUGUGGCCCGGCAGUGAUGGGGGAGGCGGGGGUCAGGACCCAGCGUACACCCAGUUGCUGCUCCACAAGCCAGCUGCCACCCAGCAACACCAGCGCCACUUUUUAGACCCGCCCCACCACCCCCACCCCACCUACUCCCACCACGGGAACAGCGGGCGUGGCCUGCGGCAGGCCGGACAGCCGGGCCUGGGCGUGGGCGGGGGCCCGCAGGGCUCCCCGCCGCAGCUGGGCGACAGCAUGGAUGUGGGCGUGUCGCUGGGGCUGCACCACCUGGGGGCCGUGUCUUCCAUGGAGGCCUCCCAGUUCGGCUCGGCGUCGCUGCCCCUCGCGCUGCCAAUGGGACUGUCCGCCUUCCGGACUCGGACGGCCCCCGCCGUGGCCCCGGGGCCCCAGGCCCCGCCCCCCGAGGACUACUACCCCGCCUCCAACAACAAUAACCCCGCCGGGGGGGGCCGGGGGAGGCCGGACUCAGACGAGGGGCCCGCCAACUCUUGAUAAAACCUGAACCACGCCCUAAAGCCAUACGAUUUUAACUACAACUACACACAGCCAGAGGCCAGAGACACACGGGGGCUCGUCCUCGGGGGGGGACCAGGGGGACGAGGGGACGAGGAGGACCAGGAGGCAGCAGGGACAUCGCUUAUUUUAGUUUGUUGUCGCGACUGAACGGAAUGAUUGACGAGUUUGUUUUUAUUGAUAUUGUUGAUUAAUCUUAUUUGGUUUUCUGGGGUUUGAGUAGCUGUGUGUUCUGUUUUCUUGUUCUGAGAGGAAGAAGAGGACGACGAGGACGAACACGUCCACACCGCCGAGCCGCCUGUAGCGCGUUCACGUGUGCGUGAGCAGCGGUGUAGCUCUGGGAGUGUGUGUGGGUGUGUGUGUGUCAGGACAGAACCCUCACGUGAGCCAGGACUGACAGACGGGUGGAGGUGACGGGCCCCCGCCCUCCUCCGCCCACCGCUCCUCCUUCCUCCUCCUGCUCUCCUCUCCUCCUCCUCCCCCCGGCGUGUCUCUCCUCCAGACAGCUCCGCCUCUCUGUGCUGCUAAUCACCAUGACAACUGGUCCGGAUUGCUGCUAAAGAUCCAACACAGAUCAAUAAAGAAAUAAAAACAAAUAGAAACAGAAAUUAAAAAAAAACUUUUUAACCCUUGUGCUUAAGAGAAAAAGGAUAAAUAAGAACCACUGCAUCUCAAUGUAUUUAUUACUAUUUAACAAGAAAAACAAACUGAAAGUAACAAUUGUUUUUUUUUGUUUGUUUGUUUUUUGUUUUUUUUUUGCUCUUCUUUGUUUGGUUGCCUUCUUUCUGCAGGUGAGCUCUGAUUGGCUAUUGUAACAGUGCGGGUAACUGGUGACAUGGUAAUGCCACUGGUUACAGGGGCAGGGUGGAGGGACGGGGUGGGGCAAA